GCUCAUACAGCUGGCCCAAACACAACUCUGGCCUGGCCAACAAUUCAACUCUAGUUGGCGUCAAAUCGAUCUAUCGUUAGAUCAAGCAACUGUUAUUAACAGCAAUUCAUCACAAAAUAUCCCCAUUUUUGUAGAAUUCAAUCGCAAAUCGAUAUAUCUACAGAAUACAGACUUGUGUUUUCAGUGUGGGAUCGGACGAAAAUGGGUUUUUUGGUGACAACUCUAAUUUUUGUUGCGAUUGGAGUUAUUGCAUCUUUAUGUGCCAGAAUUUGCUGCAAUAGAGGACCUUCUACUAAUCUGUUACACAUGACAUUGAUCAUCACUGCUACAGUAUGCUGCUGGAUGAUGUGGGCAAUCGUGUACCUUGCACAGUUGAAACCACUCAUCGUUCCAGUUUUGAGUGAAGGAGAAUAAGAUGCUCUUGGAAACUCAGGUUUGUCGAUUUGAGUGAAGCGAAAUACUUGUGGCAUGCUGAAGUCAUAUUGUAUCACUAUUUAUGUGCUUAUCGUUGAUGCAAGACAAAUUUGAUUUCAUUUUUUUGUAUAAUAUUCACAACUUAUUUUCUAGUUCUACAUCAUCUUAGAGUGUCUUGUCUGAGCUUCGACUGCAUAAAUCAUCUUGGAAGAACACUAUCGGAUGGGCGAUGUAAUUGGUUAUCUUUUUGCCUCAUUCUGGCAAGAAACAAUAAGCGUUGGGGAAGCUAUUGCAUUCUCAUUUUACCAAGGCGUUUGUCUGCGAAAAUUCAUAUAGUAGACUAUAUUUUGUUUGGAAUUGAGGCGUAAUUGUUGUUGUUGUUAUUGUAUUUGUUUAAACUCUUGGUCAUGGACGGAGUAUUUUAACUUUUA